CAAAGUGUAUAGAUCACUAUACCCAACUGCGGCAGAAGCAAGCAGAGAAUCCAGAUGAGAAGGUCCAUAUAGAUCCUCGACUGGAAUCCAUUGUGAAUAGGAUGUUCAAAAGAUGUUUUGAUGACAGAAAGUACAAACAGGCUGUGGGAAUAGCAAUUGAGACUAGAAGACUAGACAUAUUUGAACAAGCAAUCUUAAAAUCUGAUGACAUCUCAGGAAUGCUUAAGUACAGUCUUAAAGUCUGUAUGACAUUGGUUCAAAGCAGACAGUUCAGAAAUGAGAUCCUAAGAGUACUAGUCCAGUUGUAUCUAAACCUUAAAACACCAGAUUAUAUUAGCGUCUGUCAGUGUUUCAUAUUUUUAGAUUAUCCUCAAGGAGUGGCUGAUAUUUUAGAAAAAYUAAUCAAAGAUAAUGAGAAGGACCAGACRUUGAUGGCAUAUCAAGUAGCAUUCGAUCUGUACGAAAAUGCCACACAGCAAUUCUUGUCCAUUGUAUCCAGUGCAUUACAAGCAUCAGUACCAUUUGCGACUGGCAUGUCAACUGAAAAGAAUGGCACCACAGACAAGGAAGGAGAUGCACCGAUGGAAACAGAAGAAACCGAGAAGGAAAAAGAGAAAAAUGCUCCAGCCACAGAGAGCACAAAACCUGAGACUCCACUGAGUGAAACUGAUAAAAUUCUUCAAGACAAAGUCAACAAGCUUGUGGCUAUCUUGGGUGGUGAUACAUCCAUUGCACUACAACUAGAGUUUCUCAUCAGGAAUAACCGUGCUGAUCUACUAAUACUGAAAAAUACUAAGGAUGCAGCAAGAAACUCUGUCUGCCAUAUGGCUACUGUUAUUGCCAAUUCUUUCAUGCAUUGCGGCACAACUAGUGAUACAUUCUUAAGAAAUAAUCUUGAGUGGUUGGCAAGAGCAACAAAUUGGGCUAAGUUCGCUGCGACAGGAAGUCUGGGUGUCAUACACAAGGGACAUGAACAGGAYGCUCUUAAGUUAAUGUCUACGUAUCUACCCAAAGAUGGUAGUGGGGGUAGUGCUUACCAAGAGGGUGGAGGACUUUACGCUUUAGGUCUCAUUCACGCUAACCAUGGAAGUAAAAUAACAGAGUAUCUUCUACAACAACUAAAAGAAGCAACAACAGAUAUGGUACGUCAUGGUGGAUGUCUUGGUCUGGGUUUAGCAGCUAUGGGUACAGCUAAGCAAGAUGUAUAUGAACAGUUAAAGUUCAACCUUUAUCAAGAUGAUGCAGUCACAGGUGAAGCCGCUGGCCUAGCUAUGGGACUUGUCAUGUUAGGAUCCAAGUCUGCYGCUGCUAUUGAAGACAUGGUUGGGUAUGCCCAAGAGACACAACAUGAGAAGAUCCUGAGAGGCUUAGCCUUGGGUAUUGCAUUGGUUAUGUAUGCUAGAAUGGAAGAAGCAGAUGCAUUAAUAGAAAGCCUUGCACAAGACAAGGACUCUAAUCUUCGACGCAGUGCAAUGUAUACAGUAGGCAUGGCUUACUGYGGCACAGGCAACAACAAAGCCAUUAAAAGACUUCUGCAUGUUGCUGUGAGUGAUGUCAGUGAUGAUGUMAGAAGAGCUGCAGUAACGUCACUUGGAUUCCUACUAUUCAGAACACCAGAGCAGUGCCCUAGUGUUGUGUCAUUACUGUCAGAGAGUUAUAACCCUCAUGUACGAUAUGGAGCUGCUUUAGCUCUUGGGAUUGCCUGUGCGUGGACGUAAUGUAACCAUCUCGCUGCAGUCACGUGCUGGACACACCCACAUGAGUUCAGUAGUGGGUGUCCUCAUCUUCACACAUUACUGGUUCUGGUUUCCUCUGUCACAYUUCCURUCUCUUGCCUUCACACCAACAUCUAUCAUUGGUCUUAAYUCUGAUCUAAAGAUGCCAAAGAUGAAAUUCAGAUCGGGUGCCAAGCCAUCCACAUACGCCUACCCAGAGCCGCUGAAACCACCAAAAAAAGAAGAAAAGGAAAAGGUAACAACAGCAGUUCUGUCUGUGACGGCAAAGGCUAAAGCGAGAGCCAAGAAGUCGGAAGCUACUGAAGARAAGAUGGAAGUGGACCAAGAAGCAGAGGGAAAAGAAAAAGGAAAGCCAGAAAGUGGAGAAGAAAAGUCAAAAGAUGUCGUAAUGAAAGAUGGAAAAGAAUCYGAAAAAUCAAAAGAAAGUGAGAAAGAAACAGAUGAAUCUACAACUGAAAAAAGUGAAAAAGAGAAAAGUGAAAAGGAUGAGACGGGAAAGACUGAGAAAGUUGAAGACAAACCUGAACCUGAACCGGAUUUUCAACUGUUGGAAAAUCCUGCACGAGCUCUUCCAUCACAGUUGAAAGUUAUUACUCUGCCAAGUGAUAYACGAUACUUCCCAAUGAAACAGUGUAGUAGCGGGGGUAUCAUAAUGAUGACAGAUUCAAAAUCAGAUGAACCAGAGGACCUCAUAGAACCAUUACCAGCAUCAUCAACUAUUGGYCUUGAAGAAGAAGAAGAAGAGCCAGAACCACCAGAGCCAUUUGAGUUUGUCGAUGAAGAUUAAUGUAGCUAAGGAUCUUAGCAAUACUAGCUUACACUUCUUGGUGUGUUGUUCUGGAACUCAAUGAGCAACAGUGUCAUUUACAUCAGCCAUUUGCUCAUAUUUCUUUAGAUCUAGUUACUAUGACCAAACUAGGAUGUAUAGGUGAUUUCAGACUCUCCAUAUGUGGUGAGCUCUYAUAUCUUCAGGAAUAUCGUACUUAAUGGUACCUUCACGUAUGUAUUGUGAGUGAAUCACCAAUAAAAGUAAAUGCUUUCUA